AUGUGCACCGGUAGUGUGCGUAUUAAAUGUGCGCUCCCUAAUCACUGUGGAGGAUUAGAUGUCGUGCCAACGCCACCCCCCUCAAAGCUCAGGUAUAAGGCGUCAGGAUAUAUUGUUCCUGGGGUAGACGAGCGCUGGUGGAUCCUGGCAGAGACGCGCUUGCAGUCUCACCCUUGCAUGGCUGAAGAUGCAUCAGUGUCUUUCGUCUCCAUCAGAAAAUCGCUUUCCUCCGUAGUUCCCUCUUUUUUCUUUCAACACUUCACAAGCAAAAGUGAGCUGCUCUCCUACUUGAUGCUGUGCGUUGCCAAAAUGCCGUUCAUACCACCUGUGUCCAUUGUACGCUCUGUGUCAGGACUCACUGGGAAGGAGAGACCUAACAACACUUCAUCUGCUUCUACUGUGGCCAAAACUAACGCUUUAAAAGAAGACAAGGGCGGCUCGGUGAAGGACAGACUGGCUUCAAACUUGAAACAACUGGGGAAGAAGAGUCAGCCCGGGAGUAAUCUACCAACAGCCAAAGGAGUGUCGGGGGCAAAGAGAAGGGACGGUUCACUGCCUUCAUCACAGACCGGCAGCUCUCCCGUCACCAGCUCAGGGGAGUCUCUGACUAAAAGACAGCAGCACAAACACGCCGGCCACAGUGCUGUAAAGAGUGAAUCACAGGUGAAGCCACGGAGCAAGGCUCAAGAGGAGGUCCGUUUCACUCUGACUCUCACACCUGAGGCUGUCCUGCUGCUUCAGCGAAGGAACAGUGAGAGACGGCAACGUUCAGCUGCCAGAAAUCCCGGAAGCGGAGCCAGCGCUCCUGGAAGCGCCGCAGAUUCCAGACGCAGGAGGGAAAAUGUGUCGAAAAGGCAGAGAAACGGCUCUCACAGCAGCAGAAUCACCGCUAAAAACACCGACCCUGAACUGGGAGACUUGAGCUCAAUUGUGAAAAUCUCACUUUUGAAUGAGCAUCAUAAGUACGACGACGUGGAGUAUGAGGAAGAAGACUUCGGUGUGGAUGAGCGUGUGAUGCUCAAAUGUACAGAGUGGCUCCGCGGACUGGAGAACACACCGGUAACAGCAGGGAGCCGGCUGAACAGGAGCGCGAGCAGCGUGAAAAGCUUCUAAAGGUGACACUGAAUGAGUGGACUUCAACAUUACAAUGAACAGCGGAGUCCGAGUCACUCACUCUGGUGACUAGUUCCUGUUACAGGCUGUCAUGUUAACUGUCAAGUUUUUCCUCAUAUGUUUCUAGAAUAAGAACUGCGUGAUAUCAUGACGCUUUCCCCUUUCUAUAAUGAAUUACAACUUUGAGGGCUAUGUGCUGGAAAUAUGCAUUUAGGCUCAAGCGUUAAGACCCACUGAUUUUUUUUUUUUCUUUUCUUUUUUUUCUUUCAUGACUUCCUAACACGGUGGAAACGUUCAAAGAAGAGAACAAAUAACUUUUCACUGACUGUGCUGCAGGUGAGAGUGCAUGCUCAGGCCCAGAGCAAGACAUCUGCAGCAAAAAUGUGCAUAAAAUGAUGCGCAAGCCAGCAAGACCAUUUCU